CAGCGAGCAGACGCGCAGAAAUGCCAAAACAGGGCGCCGUUAUUAGUCUCUCCGUUUCUCACUCUCUCUGUGCAAUUCAUACGUUGGUUACUUGCUCUUUGAUCCAAACGGGCAAACGGCAGCUAGCUAGCUUCGGAUACCCAUCCGGAAAUCCCCAUAUCACAUACAACGACAUGGCCGCCGCGGCGCCUCACGUCAUGGUGCUGCCGUUCCCGGCGCAGGGCCACGUGACGCCGCUCAUGGAGCUCUCGCACCGCCUCGUCGAGCGCGGCUUCCAGGUCACCUUCGUCUGCACCGGGCUCACCCACGGGCUCCUUCUCAACGCCCUGCGCCGAACCGGCGACGGCGGCAGCGGAGACACGGUGGAAGGGAUCCGCCUGGUGCCCGUACCGGACGGCAUGGCCGACGGCGAUGACCGCAGGGACCUCUGCAAGUUCCUGGACGCGGUCUGGCGGCGCGUGCCGGGCUUCCUGGAGGACCUCAUCAGGGAGACGGAGGCGUCCGGGGCGGCCAAGGUGAAGUGGCUCGUGGCGGACGUCAACAUGUGGUUCUGCUUCCAGGUCGCCAAGAACCUCGGUGUCCGGGUCGCCGGCGUCUGGCCGGCGGCCGCGGCGUGCCUUGGGACGUCGUUCGCGAUCCCCAAGAUGAUACAGGAUGGCUUCAUCGAUGAAAAAGGCAUCCCAAAGCGGCAGGGGACAUAUGAAGUCGCGCCCAAGAUGCCGCCCAUCUACGCGUCGCACAUGCCGUGGAGCCUGGACGGCCCACCAGAUGAGGAGCAGGCAGUGUUCGAGCUCAUGUCCGGGUACGCCCACUCGCCCAUCCUCGCCGAGAUCACCGUGUGCAACUCGUUCCUCGACGCUGAGACCACGGCAUUCGAGCUCUUCCCCGACAUAGUGCCCAUCGGCCCGCUGUUCGCCGACCAGGAGCUCCGGAAGCCCGUCGGGCAGUUCUGGCCGGAGGACGCGAGUUGCUUGGAGUGGCUCGACGCGCGCGCACGCAGCUCCGUCGUGUACGUGGCGUUCGGCAGCUUGACCACAUUUAACCCGCGGCAGUUCCAAGAGCUCGCCGAGGGGCUGGAGCUCACCGGCCGGCCGUUCUUGUGGGUGGUGCGCCCGGACUUCACCUCCGGCGGCCUUAGCAAGGCGUGGUUCGACGAGUUCCAGAGCCGUGUCGCCGGCAACGGCAUGAUCGUCAGCUGGUGCCCCCAGCAGCAGGUUCUAGCGCACCCCUCGGUGGCGUGCUUCGUGUCGCACUGCGGGUGGAACUCGACGACGGAGGGGGUCAGGAACGGCGUGCCGAUCCUGUGCUGGCCCUACUUCGCCGACCAGUUCGCGAACCGGAGCUACAUCUGUGACAUCUGGAUGACCGGUUUGGCCGUUGCAGCCGGUGAGGAUGGAGUCGUGACCAAGGAAGAGGUAAGGAGCAAGCUGGAACAGGUCAUCGGCGACGAGGGAAUCGGGGAGAGGGCACGGGUGCUCAGGGAUGCCGCUCGGAGCAGCAUCGUUGAGGGCGGCUCCUCGUACGAGAAUUUCAAGAAAUUCAUUGAUCUCCUGAUGGAGUGAGCUGCAUCAGUUUUUUCUGUAACAGGAAAUUCCUGAAACGCUUAAUGCAUAUCCAAGUGACAAUACAACGAGCAGUACGCCUUUCGGCCUUUGCUGAGCCAAA